AUGAAUCAAACUGCAUUGUGUCGUUUAUGCAUUCGUUUAUAUAAUGAAUUUAUAAAUUUAUUCGAUGAUAAUGGUCAAAGUAGUGAAGCAUAUGAUAUUGCAGUCAAAUAUUUUGAUCCAAUGUUAUUGAAACCACAACAUGAACAUGACACUACGUUAAUUUGUGUAGUAUGCUGGAGUCAUAUAAAUAACUUUCACAACUUUCAAAGUUCCGUUCUGAACGCCCAAGUGCAAUUAGAAAACAAUGUUGAACAGUAUAUACCAUUGAUUAAACUUGAAGAUGAAGCCUGGAUGGAUCAAAUAACUAUCCUCGAUAGCGAAAACAAUACACUGGCAAAUUCGAAUCGUAAGUUUUAUAAUCGUUAUGACAUGGUUGAACAUAUACGGGUACAUUUAAAUCAAAAUACCUUCCAAUGUAAUAUAUGUGGCAAAACAUUUUCUUGCAAUCGAAAUUUAAACAGGCAUAUUCGACAAGUUCAUAUCGAAAAAGUUCAACAAGUGUUUGAAUUAAUGAAUAGCUCAAACAAAUCAAUAAAAUAUCAACCGUCAAUGGGUUUAUUAAAAGCUAAUGAUGAAAAUAUAUCAAAUAGCAAAAAACCAUACACUAGGUCAUCGAAAAUUACACGCGGCAAAAUAAAAAUCACCCCAAACUCUGUAGAGAAAAUUGCUGGCAAUUUAGAGGUGAAAAAACACAACAUGGAACAAAAAUACUAUCAACUUAAAAUUUCUUCAAACAAAAAAACUACAAUUGAAUAUGACACCCAAAUAGCUGAAUUGAAAAAUAUCUUGGAAUGUCCGGUAUGUAGUAGAAAUUUUCCAUAUUAUACUUCGAUUCGUGAACAUUUUCAUGAGGAACAUCCUAAUGUGAAAUUUCACAUAAUAUGUUGUCAACGUAGAUUUGGCAAUGGCUAUCAAAUAUAUGAACAUUUCCAACUGCAUAAGAAUCCAAAUGUAUUUAAAUGUGAAAUAUGUGAACACACAUUUUCACGAAGUGCAAGUUUAACCCGACACAUACGGGAAUUACACAUGCAAAAUGUUCAGUGGUCGUGCGAUCACUGUGGCGUAUGUUUUAAAUCGUGCUCUGUUUUGGGAAGACAUAAAAAAAUGUGUGAACAAAAAAUACGUGCAAAUGCCAAGGAGUGCAACAUCAAGCUUGGGCAACAACAAAAAAUGGAAUGUAUUAAUGUAACGGAAAAUUAUGUUGGUGCAACAUUUUCAAAUUACACCCUAUUUCAAAUAUCACCUUGA